UAUACAAGCCAAGUUCUAUAAUAAAAAAUUUCCACUAAUAUUACACAGAGUGUAUUAUUUCCAUAAUAAAACAAUACCCGCACACAUCCCUGUUUAAAUUGAAUGUGUGGCAUCCAACUACGCUGUAGAAACCGAACGCUAGAAAAACCACCCUCACCAGGUUUUCUUUUCUGAAAGUCGUCGCGCGGUAGAAACUGAGAAGCAUUCUACAGCAAUCACUGUCAUCAUGCCAUUCGAGUAAUCUUGAAAUCCAUACAUUGUCCACAAUGCCCGGUAGACACGGCAGAGUUUUCAACCGUAGAUUUCUCCUACUCCGCGUGGCUUAAUUCCAAUUUGGUGACGCCGGAGUCAAGAUGGAUUUCGCCAAGGAAGUGGUUCUUCCCGCUGCUCUGUCCGAGCUUCUCUCCAGGCUCUUCUCCUUCGCGCUCGGCAACUUCCCUCGGCUAACCAGUAGGGGGGAAGCGCACCGGCGUAGGCUGGAGCGGCUCCUCCUGACCAUCGGUGGCACGGUGGAGGAGGCGGAGGGGCGGCACAUCACCAACGACCACCUCCUCUCUCAACUCAAGGAGCUCACCGAUGGCAUGUACCGUGGCCGCUUCGCCCUCGAGGAGACGGACCUCGACGUUGCCAUGGACGAUAACGACGACGUUGUCGACCGUCGACGCUCCUUUGCGCUCUGUUCGCCGUUCAACGGCGCCAAGCGUCUCCGCGUCACAGGCAUGGUCUUCGGCCGGGACAACCACGGCGACAAACUCGAGGCUGCCAUCGAGGAUCUGGAGAGCCUGACCCGCGACUGCAUGCGAGGGUUCGUGCUGCUGGUGCAGGGGUACCCACGGCGGGUGCGCCGGCCGGUGACCACCACCCUGUACAUGGACCGGUGCGUGUUCGGGCGGCACGUCGAGACAGAACGCGUGGUCAAUUUCUUGCUGCAGCCGUCCCCUGCCGGUGCUCCUCCGUACCUAAGCGUCCUCCCCAUUAUCGGCCAGAUCAAGGCCGGAAAGACCACGCUCGUCAAGCACGCCUGCGACGACGAGCGCGUGCGCGGCCGCUUCUCCGUCGUCGAGUGCUUCGAGCUGCACCAUGUCAUCAGGGAGGGCGGGCGCCCGGGCCAGACCAUGUGGGCGAGCGACGGCGCCGAGUACCUCGCCGGCGUGCGCAGCAUCCUUGGGAAGGAGAGGUUCGCCGCGCGGAGAUCGCUCCUCAUCUUCGAGGACGCGUGGCCCAUCGACUCGUCGGCGUGGAGCGCGCUCGCCGCGUCACCCACGGCCUGCACCUUGGCAGCCGGGAGCAAGCUCCUGCUCACGAGCUGCGACGCCGACCACGCGUGGCUCGGUACGGUGGAGCCCGUGGUGCUGAGCCCGCUGCCGCAGGAGGAGUACUGGUACUACUUCAAGGCGUUCGCGUUCAGCGGCAUGGACGCCGGGGACCACCCGAGGAUGGCUGCCAUGGGCAGGGAGAUGUCCCGGCAGCUGGGCGGAACGUUCUCGGGCGCGAGGACGGUGGGCACGGUGCUCAGGUCUAAAUUCGACGCCCGGUUCUGGCAGCUUCUCGUGAAAGCAUGGCCAUUUCGAGGGAUUUGGGGGCCCGGUUUUGGUGAAUGAGAAGAAUAUAAGACCAUUGCAGAUCUUUGGCAUGGACAUGAGCUCAAGUGUUCCUCUAGGAGGACCUUCUGUGAUGAGCUUAUGCUUCAAUGGUUUGAUUUGGUUAAUAUUCUGAAACUUACUUCCUUUAG